AAAAUUUCACUUUGGUGGUACCAAUGUGCCAGGCUACAAAGGAAGGGUGAAGUGAAGUUCUUCGGUGGAGUCAGCAUACCUCUCUAUUUUACCCCGGACGGAAGAAAGGAGGUUUUGCAUCACUGAUAUUUCAGUCCUUAAAGCAUGGAUCAAUGUACUCUUGUGACAAUCGAAAUAUCUUAUUAUUAUCGCAUCUUAAUUUUUAAAUUUUUGCCUAUGUAUAAAUACUGGCUUCCAUUGCUGGUUUCCUGCGUAAGAACCUUUAAAAGUUACGGGUGCGAAAAGCAAUGAGUUGUAAGUUGUGUUUGCGUUGGAUCAAAUCGUUUGCAGGAUUCCGUUGAAGACGCAGUGUAGUCACGGUGUAGUUGCGUACCACCUCAGUUCGUCACAAGACGCCGGAGUAGGCAGCCGCGUGCUCACUGACAGCUCCUACUUAUCGUAUUUUUACGGCAUUUUAACAUCCAUAAAAGUUGUAAAAAUAUUACGAAAUGUAAUAAGUGGACAUUGAUAUAGUUAUAUUUGUGCUCAGUUUUGUGUGAAAAUGAUUGAAGUUAUGGGUAACGUGAAGCACAGUAGACUGCGCCGGACGGCGUCCAGACUCUGCAGUAUGGAGUCCUGGAAGCGCAGGCUACCUAUCACAAUAUGGUUGCCCAAGUACAGCUUCGACUAUCUCCUGCGAGACGCCAUUGCCGGUAUAACUGUAGGAUUGACGUCGAUACCUCAAGGCAUCGCGUACGCAAUGGUGGCGGGUUUGCCUCCACAGGUAGGACUAUACUCGAGCAUAUUCCCCGGCCUCAUGUACAUGCUGUUUGGCAGCUGUAAGGACGUGACAGUUGGGCCGACCGCCAUCUUGUCCGCGCUCCUUGCCAAAUACGUGGCCAAGUCGGCGGACUUCGCGUACUUGGCAUCGUUCCUAUCAGGAUGCUUCAUCAUGCUGCUGGGAAUACUACAACUAGGUUUUCUACUGGACUUCAUAUCGUCGCCAGUAAUAAGCGGUUUCACAACAGCUGCGGCGAUGCAGAUUAGUGCGUCACAACUGAAGUCAUUGUUUAGUAUAUCAGGAUCGUCAGGCGAUACAUUUAUCCAUGCAAUGAUAAACUUCUUCAAAAACAUAAAAACAGUACAGUUAUGGGACACAGUAUUGGGAAUCAGUACGAUUGUCGCCUUAUUAUUGCUUAAACGAGCCACAAUAAAAGUGACCGACAACACGUCUCCUGCGUUAGCGCGCGUGGCCGGCGGCUGGCUGUACGCCGUGCGAGCUCGCAACGCGCUGGUAGUGUUCGGGGCCACUAUCCUCGCGUACCUGCUGCGGCUGCGCGGACUCACGCCCUUCGCGCUCACCGGCAAAAUUGACGGUGGUCUUCCAGACUUUGGGCCACCACCCUUCGAGACGGUGGUGAACAACCAGACGCUGAACUUCGACGACAUGAUGACGGUGUUCGGUGGCGAGGGGAUCGUCAUCCCGCUCGUCGCUAUACUGGAGAGCAUAGCCAUCGCUAAAGCUUUUGCGGGCAGUGCCCCGGUGGACGCGACACAAGAGAUGAUCGCCAUCGGUAUGUGUAACCUGGUGUCUUCGUUCGCGCAGUCCAUGCCGUCCACGGGCUCCUUCACGCGGACCGCGCUCAACCACGCCAGCGGCGUCGUCACGCCCGCUGGCUGCUUCUUCAAAGCAAUGUUAGUCCUGCUGGCGGUGACGCUGCUGUCAGACGCGUUCUACUUCAUCCCGCGCGCGACGCUGGCCGGCAUCAUCAUCGUCGCCAUGUUCAGCCUCAUGGAGUUCUCUAUCGUUGGCAAAUUGUGGCGGAAUAGCAAGUGGGAGUUGCUGGUGUUCCUGGGCACGGUGGUGACGGGCGCGUGCGUGGGGCUGGAGUACGGCAUCGUGUGCGGCGCGGCCGCGGACGUAGCGCGCGCGCUCGCACACGCCGCGAGGCCUGUACUCGCUGUCACCGAGUUCAAGGUGGGCAACCAGGACUGCGUGUCGCUGACGCUGCCGGGCGCGCUGUCGUACUCGUGCGCGGGCCACGCGGGCGGCCGCGUGCGCCGCGUGGCCGCGCGCGCGCACCUGCUCGUGCUGGACGCGCGCCUGCUCUCACACCUCGACCUGGGGGUCGCGCAGAACUUAAUAUCUGUGAUACUAGAUCUAGAGAAGGAAGGACAUAAGUUCCUGCUGUGGAACUUCAAGGAGAGUCAUCAGAGGCUGUUUGAAGACCUGAGUAAAGGUUUCUCGAGUCGGUUCGUCGACGGACCCAGUAUAGACCAACACGUAUUAGUAAACCCACGGUUCACGCAGACUGACAUCACGCAGAACAUGUCCAGGCUGUAACACCAAGACACCAACACACUGAUCCCACUGAUGGGAAAAAAAUACACAGAUAAAACAAGAGCAUACAAAUCAUGGUUUAAUGGCGAUUAUAACCGCAACCAACUUUAGCGCACUGGAUUCAUAUUCAUGUUAAAAGAUAUUCAAGAGAUCGGGUGACCUGAUGGACUUUUUCAGAAUUGGAGCCAUGAUGGGAUCACCACAUGCCGAAUUGCCGAAGAAUCUUAUAUUAGAUCAGCGUAGUAAAUUGAAAUCAUGUUAGAAUACGUUUACCGGUGUUAUUAAAAUUAAACAGCUUUGAGGAUUUCCAAAGAGUUCAUAGUAAAAUCUGGCCAUAGAAUAUUAUAAAUAUCUAAGUACUGUAAUUCAAGAUGUAUUGCAAGUUACAACUUACCAAUCAGUCUUGAAGUCUAAGGGGCUUGAAAGUUGCUGAUAAGUCUCAUGUUGUCUCAGUCAUUUUAAGGGAUAAGAGGGAGACAGACAGACAUUUAGGAACGUAUGCUACGUUUCAGUAUUUGCUGAAAAGAGUAUUGUAAAUAUUUAUGGGGAAAUAAUACUUUGAUAGCUAAAAGAUUCGUACGACAGUGUGAUAUGGAACCUAAUUACCUAUUUAUUAGUAAACAAUUCUUAUUGAGUCUAUAUGACUAAUGUCCUACAAAUAUAAGCAAGUCUGUGUUUUGUUAUUACCUGAUACUUAUUGUUUAAAAACUACGUAAUUAUUAAGUUAUUAUUAUGCUAAGAGGAUGUGCAUUUGUUUGUGAAUUUAACGGGUUUAUUUUAAUAUUUUUUUUCAGUGUCAAUUCUGUAAAUUCUUAUACCAAAUCCCAGUGUCCAGUGUUUUUAAUCAUUAUUAUUGCUUUCGAAUAUUUUGGCUGAUUUGCCUAGUAACAAGGCUGUUAAUAUUUGUAUAGUAUGUAAGCGUCUAUUGUAUAUUUAAGAUCGAAUGUCUUCCAAAAUUAAGAGAUGAAGUUUGCAUUCCGUAGUACAUAAAUAAAAUAAUUGAAAGUAAAAUUUAUUUUAUAA